CUUCAGUGAGAUGCGUUCUUUUCAAAUCGAGCAGGUAUAUCAACUGGUGCAGUCACCCUGAUCCCUGUCAACAUCUGGACGCAAGAGUUUGUACAUCAUCAUCCAGAUCCGUCACCAUGGAGACCUCAAUUCUCUUCAUCUGCCUCCUCCUCCUCCUCCCAGGAUGCGUCGCGGAAGAAGCUGAGAGUGAAGUUGCUGAUGCAAAGCCUCACUUAUCCGAGAGAAGUGCUGAAGUAGCGGCUAAGGCUGAUACUGACGCUGUCGAAAGGAGCAUUGAAGCUAGACAUAUCAGAUUUAGCACCAGUCGAGUCGGAUGGGGUAGCAGGUCGGGAACCCGCUAUGGCCACAGGCGAGUUGGAAGCACAGUCAGAAGCGGCUGGGGAAGCCGAGUUGGAAGCACAGUCAGAAGCGGCUGGGGAAGCCGAGUUGGAAGCACAGCCAGAAGCGGCUGGGGAAAGCAAAAUUACGGAAGGGUGAGAAGUAGAUUUAGGACCUUAUUCCGAGGCUGGGGACGCAGACGCGGAACUCGGAGUCGCAGAUGUUUGGGAGACGGCUGGGGAAACGGUAGCGGCGACGACAGCGGCGACGGCAGCGGCGAUGAUAGCGGCGACGGUAGCGGCGAUGAUAGCGGCGACGGCAGCGGCGACGGCAGCGGCGAUGAUAGCGGCGACGGUAGCGGCGAUGAUAGCGGCGACGGCAGCGGCGACAAUAGCGGCGAUGAUAGCGGCGACGGUAGCGGCGAUGAUAGCGGCGACGGCAGCGGCGACAAUAGCGGCGAUGAUAGCGGCGAUGAUAGCGGCGACGAUAGCGGCGACGACAGCGGCGAUGAUGAAAGUGGAGACGAUAGCGGCGAUGAUAGCGGCGACGACAGCGGCGACGACAGCGGCGAUGAUAGCGGCGAUGAUAGCGGCGACGAUAGUGGCGACGAUAGCGGCGACGAUAGUGGAGACGAUAGCGGAGACGAUAGCGGCGACGACAGCGGCGAUGACAGCGGCGAUGAUAGCGGCGAUGAUAGCGGCGACGAUAGCGGCGAUGAUAGCGGAGACGAUAGCGGCGAUGAUAGCGGCGACGAUAGUGGAGACGAUAGCGGCGAUGAUAGUGGAGACGAUAGCGGCGACGAUAGCGGCGACGACAGCGGAGACGGUAGCGGCGGAGAUGACGAUGAAUGUUGUGAGAGUGGCGACGAUAGCGGCGACGAUAGUGGAGACGAUAGCGGAGACGAUAGCGGCGAUGACAGCGGCGAUGAUAGCGGCGACGAUAGCGGCGACGAUAGCGGCGAUGAUAGCGGCGAUAAUAGCGGCGACGAUAGUGGCGACGACAGCGGCGACGAUAGUGGAGACGAUAGCGGCGAUGAUAGCGGCGACGAUAGCGGCGACGACAGUGGCGACGGUAGCGGCGGAGAAGACGAUGAAUGUUGUAAGAGGUGCAGCUGUUGCCGCGACACUCAGACUACCGAAGGGAUGCCAGAUGACUACAACCUUCAUAUGAUGGGGGACUAUGAUAAUUAACUUUUGAAAAUGUAAUUAAGUUUGAAAUCAUAUGUUAAUUACAUGAAAUAAAAAGGACGCCUAAUGAA